GGCGUACUCACUCGGCAAAUUAAUUGGUUACAAUAUCGGGGAACUCACGGAACCUGCAGCUACUUGUACCUGAAAAGUAUUGAAACUCACAAGUUUAUCCGGAUUUCACUGUCAAAUCGCAUCGACAGCUCGGAUGCAGCCGAGGAAUCCUCAUGGCACAAACGACCGUCGCCGAUGAUUUCCACGUUCCACGUCCGCCGCUUCUCGACCACGGACACGUUGUUUGAUGAUGCCGUAGAUGCGCCUCUGUCGGAGCUGUCCAUCACGAACCUCUUUGUAUGGCCACUGCAACGCAUCACGUACACGCGCUUGCUGUUCUGCGCCGGCUACGUCACGGUCACUCUUGUAGCUCUAGCAGCGUUUGUAGCGUUGGUGGGACUGAGUGCCGUUUUGCUGCCUUGCGUGGCUAUGGAUGCCGCCUUGCGCUAUCGUGGCCAAGGCUGGCAUCAUGUUCGCUGGCCGUACGCGGCGCUGACCAUAGCUGUGUUGGACCCGCUCGUGUUUUGCGCAUCUUGGAUGCACAACCUUAUGUGUCCGAAACCUUUGCGCAUCAGCUUGAAAGUCCAUGGCGGCGAUGACGACGACGAUGACGGCCUGUUCGCAUACGAGCAAUCUCCCAUUGUCCCAAACCGCCGACACGUACCCCCGUUUUCCUGCACCCUCAAAACCCAGUGGAACUCGACCGACGACGUGCGCAGCGCCACCAUGUAUUUCUUGGCUGUCCGACCCGCGCUAUGUGGAUUCGCCAUGGCGUGGGCAGCUUACAUCGUAGCGAACGUGUCUGCCCUGGCGCAGGCCGGCGGCCAUUGGAAAGACUUGGGCAUUUUCACGCUUCCCCAAGCAUUUCGUGCGCAAGACUCACUCGGAACGUUUGCUUUGGCCAUGGUGCUCGACUUUAGCGUGAUCGUGGGCCUCCGCAUGUGCGUGGUGCGUGUCAUGUGCUGGGCUACGCGACGCUUUUGCUGUGAACACCAUGUCCAUCCUGCAUGGAUGCUGCGGACGUCCAUGACUGAAGUCAGUGUGACCAUGGAGCCGUUUGCGUGAGAUCGAUUGAUCGUUCGUACUAGUAGUUGUUGUUGUUCGUGUAGUUGGCAGUAUGGUGUGUAAAGAUAUGUAUGGUGUGUAAAGA